CACCAGGAGGGCUUCAUAUGUAACACGCGACUGGAUACCGACGACAGCUCUGCAGAGCGCAUUGAUCACUAUUUUCUCUCUUGCAGAAGGACUCUAAAAAUAGCAAUAGAAAUGGAUGAUCAGGGAUGCCCGAGGUGCAAGACGACAAAAUACAGAAACCCAUCUCUGAAGCUGAUGGUCAAUGUGUGCGGACACACGCUGUGUGAGAGCUGUGUGGACAUGCUGUUUGUCCGUGGUUCUGGUAACUGUGUGCAGUGCAACACUCCUCUCAGAAAGAGUAAUUUCCGUGUGCAGCUCUUCGAAGAUCCAGCCAUCGAUAAAGAAGUGGAGAUUCGCAAGAAGGUCCUCAAAAUUUAUAAUAAGAGAGAAUUGGACUUUUCCUCUCUGACUGAGUAUAAUGACUAUCUGGAGCAGGUGGAGGACAUUGUGUUUAACCUAGCCAAUAACAUGGAUGUAGAAAUGACCAAGCAGAAGAUGGAACAGUACCAGCGAGAUAACAAAGAUGUUAUACAGAGAAACAAGGCCAAACUGACUCGUGAGCAGGAGGAGCUGGAGGAGCUGUUGUUGCAGGAGCAGCAGGAUUCAGAGCUGAGGAGACUGGAGACCCUGCAGGAGGAACAGAGGCAACUGCAGGCCAAGAGGAAAAACAAACAGGCUCUGCUGGAUGAACUGGAGAAUUCCCAGUUACCUGCGGCUGUGCUCUUGGCCCAACAUAAAGACAGAGCGGCCCAUCUAGAGACCCAGAUAGAAAAACAGAAACAAAACGUCAAACCCACAAACAUUUUCUCGACUGGAAUAAUGAUGGGUCAGACUGUAUCUUUGGCUUCUGUGUCCCGCGUGGAGGAAGUUUUGUAUGUUUAUCAGCCUUUGUACAUUGACACAUAUGGGCCGCCCGUUCCAAAAUUGGAUCAGCUGGGCCGAAAAGGGUUUCUGAAUCACGUGCGAGCUGCAUCUCUGCAGGAUCAGGCUGGCGGUUAUACAUCAGGACUGGCCUGUCAUCGGGCCAUCCAGGAUGCUUUCAGUGGCCUCUUCUCCUUGUGAUAUUGUAAAACUAUGGAGAUUUCCACUCUGGUCUUUCAUCUGACUUUUAAAAGACUUACAAUGGGAGAAGCUGAGAGUUUAAGGAAAAAAGCACAUCCCAAUGAAUCCAUUUAGAGGGUCUGAGCUAUGUACAGAUAUUUUUGAGGAUCAGUUGUUUUUUUUAUGCGGUGUUGGUUAAAUAAACACAAGUAUAUUUU